UUAGGAAGUUCCUGUGCUGUCGAGAACGCGAGGAAUGACGUAAACUGCUUGCCGCGCAGCGAUGAUGGCGGUGCGUGAACGCGCAGUAAAAGUAAUGGCUGCUCUGGAUCGGCGGGUACCUAGCCUCGAUGAAUUCGUGGGUCAAAGCUGGACUGCCUGGGCCGACUGGGCUGCUGUGACAGUGGCAGAUGGGCCUGAUGUGGAUGACUUCAGCAAAAAUGGGAAGAAGGCUGCAGAGGCUAUGUCACUCAGUAAAGAGGACAUGUCUAUCUUUGGCCUUUACCCCGGCCAUGAUGACUUCUAUUUGGUGGUGUGCAGUCAUUGUGGUCAAGUAGUGAAGCCUCAGGCCUUUGAAAAGCACUGCGAGCGAAGACAUGGGCCUCUGGCCAAGCUCUAUGGCAAACUGCGCUCUCCCACACCUGCCCCCCAGCAUCAGAGACCCUACCAUGGCCACUCUCCUUCACACGGUAUCAACACCCCUUCUGCUUCAUCACUGGAGGCUCGAGCUCCAAGCAUUGGGCAGGCCCGGGCAGCCCCUCCUUCACCUUCCACCCCGCCUCAGUACAGAUUCUCCAAGAGCUCCAAGGACGCAGUACGACAUUCCCCGCUUGAGAAGUCAUUCCACAGCAGCCACAAAGAGCCAGCAGUGUUUAAGCAGCCGCCGCCUCUGGAGCCUCCAGUCCUUUCUCCAACUCCAUCACUUCGAGAUCCCCCAUGGCCACAUGGACCCAAUUCUACUGGCAGGCCUUCUUCCUGUGACAAGCAGCCCACGCAGAGGAAGGAGUCUUCUCAGCUGUCUGCGGUGAUGAGCCACCGAGUUCCCAGGCCGUACAACAAAGUGGCCUCAAAAAGGGAGUGUGAUUUGGACAAACACUGCGGCGUCCUUGACCCUGAAAGAAAGAAGGUCUGCACUCGUCUCCUGACAUGCAACAUCCACUCCAUCCACCAGCGCAGAAAGGUGACGGGUCGCAGCAAGAACUUUGACCAACUAGUUGCAGAACUUAAGAUGAAGGUUCGAGAGAAGGGAGCCCAAGCCCUGGAUGUAGGCUUCUCUACUGGAGGGUCCCCCAGUCCGGAGACCCCCAGGGAACAGGCUGGUGUUCCACACUGCAGGAGACCUCUGGCCAGCCUUCCUGCUUUCAGUCGCUCUAUGGCUGUGUCAGAGUACAUCCCAGAGGAGGAGAAGCAAUGGCAGGAUGAGGCUGGUCUCCAUGCCCCUUCACCUCUGGUUCAUGGGCAUGUCUCCAGUGAUGACAGUGAGGCAGAAGGACCUGAGGAACUGUCGGACUUCACAUCAUCUACUUCACAUCCCAGACCUGGAGCGGUCUGUUCAUUCGGCAGCCAUUCCUUGGGUCACGGGAUAUACACGUUUGACAGAAGGCUUCACCAUGUGAGAUCAGCUCUGAGCAGCAUGCUUGAGCAGCACAUCAGCGCCCAUCUAUGGAGGAAAAUACCUCAAGCCACAGACCUUCUGUUGCCAACGCCAUCAGCCAAGUCCAUCAGCUCUUCCUCUCCUGUCUCCAUAACAACCUCAUCCUCCUCUUCAUUUCAUUCUAAGGUCCGUGCAGGAAGUCAUAUGAGCUCCUCUCUCAAAAAUGCUUCAUCCUCUUCCAGUCGUGGACCAGGAAGACCACCAACAGCCAUUAAAUCAGAGAACUCUGGGGGCAGCAGCAGUAGUAGCUUUGCUGGUUCUCAUUCCAUGUCUCUGGGAAAGCCUGCCAUGGUGCGUCAGGUGGGUUCGGGCAGACCUAGGAAUCCAGUGGGGCGCCCUAGCAAACAAAUGCUGAAGCUGCGAGAGGAGGCUGCUGCUGCCGCUGCCUUCCGCAAGCGAAAAGUUCCUUCCCAGGAAGGAGAACACUCUGGCCCUGAGAGGAACUGCAUCAUCUUGCAGGACAGAGGUCCCUCAUCUUCUACUGUCUCCUCCUCAUCAUAUUCUUCCUCUUCCAAAGCCCCCAGUUCUUCUCUUCUCCUUCACGGACAGACCAAUGGCACUCUUUCCCCCAGUAGUAAACCACGUCCCCAGCCUCCUGUCUCGGAGUCCCACUCCCCUGCUGCCAAGGCAGUCUGGACUUACAAACGGACAAACCCUCCUCUGAGCCAUUCCUCACCCCUAGAUCCCUCCUUUGCUAAUAAUUCCCACAAUCGUACCAGUGUGGGGGACUCAGGACUCCAUGGGCAGGGGACUGGGAGAACAUUUCUGGAAUAUCAGGGACUGAAGAAACGAAAGGGGGGUUGCAUAGAGGAACACUCCCCCUCAUCCAAACUCUCAGUGCAGCGCCUGCCUUCCUCCUCCUCUAGCUCUGCCACCUCAUCCUCUCCACGCUCCAAUUUCUACCCUUGGAAGGACAGUAAGAGUGGAAGUCUGGAUGGGGAGAUGGAGAAGAAGCUGGCCACACAGAAGCCAAAACUGCACCAUUAAGUGUGCUUGCCUUACAAGCCACUAAGAGGGAGCCAGCUCCACUCAGUCUGACUGAGCCAACAGGACUCUAUUUGUGUGGGUGUGUUUGCAUUUUGUGUACUGAGCGUCUGUUCCAGUAUGGAUGGGCUGGGUGGUGUUUGUGCUGUAUGGACCUGUUGGUAUGCUGUGUGGGGAUGGAUGAACAUGGAGCAGGAUGCUGGGGUGAAACAUAGAGUAUGGAUUUAGAAAUACCUCAAGACCAUCUGGUUAUGCUGCUAAAUUGAAUAUGUUGGUUUAUUAAAAAUGUUAUUUCCACUUGG